UCACGGAAUGCUACUGCAAACGAUCAUCUUGAUCCUCUCGGCAAGGAUAUGCUACAGCAAUCCCGACGCCAAGAGACUGUACGAUGACCUGCUCUCCAAUUAUAAUCGACUGAUUCGCCCCGUUCCCAACAACACAGACACCGUAGUUGUUAAGCUAGGGCUACGACUCUCGCAGCUUAUAGAUCUCAAUUUAAAAGAUCAAAUUCUUACGACGAAUGUUUGGCUCGAACACGAAUGGCAAGAUCACAAGUUUAUGUGGGAUCCAGCGGAAUACGGAGGUGUCACUGAACUCUACGUGCCCAGCGAACAUAUAUGGCUUCCCGACAUUGUCCUUUACAACAAUGCCGACGGAGAGUACGGAGUCACCACAAUGACGAAAGCCAUUUUACAUUACACCGGAAAAGUUCUAUGGACACCCCCAGCAAUUUUUAAGUCAUCGUGCGAAAUAGACGUUAGAUAUUUCCCGUUCGAUCAGCAAACGUGUUUCAUGAAAUUUGGUUCUUGGACUUACGACGGAUUUCAGAUCGAUCUGAAGCACAUUAACCAGAACAAGGGUGAUAAAGUCGAAGUUGGCAUCGAUCUUCGCGAAUAUUAUCCCAGCGUUGAAUGGGACAUAUUAGGAGUUCCAGCCGAACGACACAAGAAAUACUAUCCCUGUUGUCACGAGCCUUACCCCGACAUCUUCUUCAACAUCACGUUACGUCGAAAAACAUUAUUUUACACUGUGAACCUAAUCGUGCCCUGCGUAAGCAUCUCCUACUUGUCGGUGUUGGCGUUCUAUCUACCAGCCGACUCUGGGGAGAAGAUCGCCCUUUGCAUUAACAUUCUACUGUCGCAGACCAUGUUUUUCCUUUUAAUAUCCGAGAUCAUACCAUCGACAUCGUUGGCGUUGCCGUUGCUCGGCAAAUACUUGCUUUUCACAAUGAUUCUAGUCGGUCUCUCGGUAGUAAUAACCAUCAUCAUACUGAACGUUCACUACCGCAAACCCAGUACCCAUAAAAUGGCGCCGUGGGUCAGACAAAUUUUCAUAAGAAGACUGCCAAAAUUACUGCUAAUGAGGGUGCCGGAUGAUCUGCUGAAAGAUCUCGCUGCACACAAGAUACACGGAAGAGGAAGAUCGGGUAAAAAAAACAAGUUCAAUGCCGCUGUUGCAGCAGCUAUGCAAUCGUCUUCGAUAGUCUCGUCCCCGGACUCUGCUCGUCAACAGCGUGUCGGGGGUACAUGUACGUAUGCGAUAAGAACAUCUUUAUCGUCCGCUUUUUCGCUUAAUAGUCGAUUGAAGGACUAUUUUCUCGAUACAGGGUGCAACGGGUUGCAUUCAACGACAGCGCAUAACCGAUUCUUGGGAGGUAUAGGUGGAUACAACGGACUUCCUACAGUGAUGUCUGGUUUAGAUGAAUCAUUGAGCGAUGUAACACCGAAAAAGAAAUAUCCUUUCGAGCUCGAGAAAGCUUUGCACAACGUGAUGUUUAUUCAGCAUCAUAUACAGCGGCAAGACGAGUUUAACGCGGAAGAUCAGGACUGGGGUUUCGUAGCGAUGGUUCUGGAUAGACUCUUCCUUUGGAUUUUCACGAUAGCUUCCAUCGUUGGCACUUUCACUAUCCUUUGCGAAGCUCCAGCACUGUACGAUGACACCAAACCAAUCGACAUGGAGUACUCUUCUGUCGCUCAGCAACAAUUCCUUCCUCGUGGUGAUUUAUUGAAAACUCUUGCGUAAACAUGACAGAACUCCUUAAAAUCCAGAGGAUUCAAGUACUAUCGAUUUUACA